GCUGCGGAAGAAUUGGGUAUUUAUCUAGGAAGCAUUUUACAGCCGCUUCUCCGGGUCCGGCUUUUCCCCGCCCCUCCCGCUCCCAGCAGAAGAAGCGCCCACAGGGCAGGGACCUCCUGGGUCAGCCUCCUGACAUGAACCUGAACCCCGGGGCUUAAACAGUCUGAGCCCGAUUUAAAGUAGCCGCCUCCGCCAGACUACAUUUCCCAGAAGGGAGAACGCUCGGAUUCCGACGGAUGCCGGCAAGGACCACGCUACCUGAGCAGGCGCAGUGGGGAGAUGUUUACUUCCAUCCUUUUCUACUUAGGAAGAGCUUGUGCAAAGUUGCCAGGCUGGCGGGAGACAAGACUUGGGAAAGCUCAGAAUCUCCAGGAAACAUUGGAGAAGGAAUGAUUUUGGAAGGCCAUGAAGAGGAAGAUCCUGUGAUGUUCCAGAAUUUCUUGACAUUCCAAGAUGUGGCUGUGGAAUUCACCCAGGAGGAAUGGAGCUGUUUGGAUCCUGGCCAGAAGGACAUGUACAGGGACGUGAUGCUGGAGAACUACCAGAACUUUGUCUCUCUUGGGCUUCCAGUAAUUAAAUCAACUGUGAUUUCUCAGCUGGAGAGACAUGAAGACCCCUGGCUAUCGAGGGAAGAAGACCCCAGAUGCAUUUCUGAGGAUUCUCCUUUUGUGAAAACAAAAUGUGAAACCAAGGACUCAGCUUCAGCUCCAAAGCAAUGUUUUUCCACAAAAGAUCCAUUCACAAAGAGACUCAAAAAACAUGGUUUCUGGGAUUCCAAAUUGGGAGAAGCUUGGAAUUAUGACUCUGGAUUAGAAAGGCAGACAAACAAUCUGGAAGGACAGUUAAUAGUGAAACAUAGAAAAAGUCAGAAGUUUCGUGUUCCACAUUUUUUUCAACUUGGAAAAAAACUCAGUUUCAGUUCAGUUCUCCUUCCAAAACAGGGAGUUUCUACAGGAAAAUGGUUUCAUAAUCAUUUUCGAAUUGGAAAGUGCUUCAAAUGGUAUACAGACUUAAUUAAACGUAAGAGAAUUUCCAUGGUGAAGAAACUGUGUAAGUUCAAUAAAUACAAGAAUUCUUACCACUCAAAACUUGAUAAUUCCCACAGAGUGCUUACUGAACAUGGAAGAAUUCAUACUGGAGAGAAAUAUAACUUUGAGGAAUGUGGGAAGACUUCCAGCUACAAUCCAUAUCAUACUAUUCAUUUGAAAAAUCUUCAGGAAAAAAAGCCUUUUAAACAAAUUGAAAAAGAUAGGAAAACUUUUAGCCAGAGGGGAAAUCUUGGUCAAAAGAGAAUACCUACUGAAGAGAAACCUUAUAAAUGUAAUGAAUGUGGAAAAUCUUUCACCCUUAAGGGAAACCUUAAUUCACAUAAGAGAAUUCAUACUGGAGAAAAACCCUUUAAAUGUACUGAAUGUGGAAAAGCCUUCAGGCAGAAGGGAGGCCUUAAUUCACAUAAGAGAAUUCAUACUGGAGAGAAACCCUAUAAAUGUAAUGAAUGUGGAAAAGCCUUCAGCUGCAAGAAAGGCCUUGAUGUACAUGAGAGAAUUCAUACUGGGGAGAAACGUUAUAAAUGUAAUGAAUGUGGAAAAGCAUUCAUUCAUAAGGGAGGCCUUAAUAAACAUGAGCGAAUUCAUACUGGAGAAAAACCCUAUACUUGUACUGAAUGUGGAAGAGCCUUCAGGCAGAAGGGAGGCCUUAAUUCACAUCAGAAAAUACAUACUGGAGAGAAACCUUACAAAUGUAAAGAAUGUGGAAAAGCCUUCAAAGAGAAGAGGGGCCUUGAUAGGCAUAAAAAAAUUCACACUGGAGUGAAACCCUAUAUAUGUAAUUUAUGUGAAAAAUCCUUCAGCCUUAAGGACCACCUUAGUAGACAUAAAAAAAUUCAUAUUGGAGCAAAACCUCAUGUAUGUAAGGAAUGUGGAAAAGGCUUCAGCUGUAAUGAAGGCAUAAAUAAACAUAAGACAAUUCAUACUGAAGAGAAACACUAUAAAUGUAAUGAAUGUGGAAAAGGCUUUAAUUUUAAGAUAAGCCUUUCUUUACAUGAGAGAAUUCAUACUGGAGAGAAACCCUAUAAGUGUAAUGACUGUGGAAAAGCCUUUAAGCAUAAGGGAGAUCUUAGGAAACAUGAGAGAAUUCAUACUGGUGAGAAACCCUAUCAAUGUAGUGAGUGUGGAAAAGUCUUCAGUCUUAAGGAAUACCUUAAUAGACACAAGAGAAUUCAUACUGUAGCAAAACCCCAUAAAUGUAAUGAAUGUGAAAAAGUCUUCAGCCUCAAAGAGAACCUUAAUAGACAUAAGAAAAUUCAUACUGGUGUGAAACCUUAUAAAUGUAAUGAAUGUGGAAAACCCUUCAGGCUUAAGGGACAUCUAAAUAGACAUAAGAAAAUUCAUACUGGAGUGAAACCGUAUACAUGUAAUGAAUGUGGAAAAGCAUUUAGGUGUAAUGAAGGCCUUAAUACACAUAAACAAAUUCAUACUGGAGUGAAACCCUAUCAAUGUAAUGAAUGUGGAAAAUCCUUCAGCCUUAAGGGAUACCUUAAUAAACAUAAAAGAAUUCAUACUGGAGAGAAAUCCUUUGAAUGUCCUGAUGUUGGAGAAGCCUGUAGUUGACGUCUAAUUCUUACCAAAUAAGAAACGAGAACCCAUUUGAAUGUAAUAAAUGUUGGAAAACUUUUUUGUACAGCUCAAACUAAGAAAUAUUAGAUGUUUCAUAAGGGAGAGAAGUCAUCUACAUAUAAAGACUGAGAAUGUUUUCAACCAGCAGCAACACUUAAGAGAUCCAGUAGAAGUCGUACUGGAUAUGACAUUUUAAAAUGCUGUUUAUUUUACAUGAAAAUAACUUCACAGGGUCAAGCUAAUAUAACACAAUAAGCAGUCUUACUGACAAAGCAGUUGUGUUUUGGGGAAUAAAAUAUUUUAUAGCCAGGGGAGAUGGAGAAGUAGAAGACAGUACUUAGGGAGGAGUGGAUUGAGAUGUUAAAACUGUCUAGCCUACUUUAUUUUAAAAAUGCCAACUGGAGAAUCUCAGAUGUGGGACACGGUAUGGAUUAAAAAGCCAAGUAAAGUCUAACUUUACAUGGUUCUAUGCAAACUAAAUAGGAUAUAUUUUUUCCAUUAUCCUCAUAAAGGGGACCAAAUGAACUCAAUAAUAAGAGCAGGAAUUUUUGAUGUGUUCUUUAACUAUUUCAGUCUCUGUGUCUCAAUGUUUUUUUGUUCUCCCUCCCCUCCUCUUCUAAAUAUUUUAUUCUCUGAUUUUUUUUUGUGCCUCUCUC